AUGGCCUGUGAAAGAAUAAUCUUAGAUUGUGAUCCUGGUGUUGAUGAUUCAAUUGCAAUAUUCUUAGCAUUAGCUUCACCAGAUAAAAUAAAGAUUGAUGCUAUUACAAUUGUAAUGGGUAAUCACAAUGAUAUUGAUUUACUUACAAAUAAUGCAUGUUUAUUAUUACAAAUGUGUAAUAUGAGUUCAGACAUUCCUGUAAUUAAAGGUGUAAAGAAACCAAUUGCUUGUGCUUAUCAUGGUCAUUCAGGAAUUAAAGUACAUGCAGAAAAUGGACUUGGAAAUAUACAACGUCCAGUAAAAGACUUAAAUCAAAAUCCCAUUGAAAAAUACAAAGAUUACAGUGCUGCACAAUUUAUUGUGCAACAUGUUCUUGCCAAUCCAGGAGAAAUAACAAUAUGUGCUAUUGGUCCGUUAACAAAUAUUGCAUUAGCUGUAUCAAUUGGUGGUGAGAACUUUAUUAAAUCUGUUAAAAGACUAGUUAUUAUGGGUGGUUCUGUCGGAGGACUUGGUAAUAAAACAGCUGCAGCUGAAGCUAACUUGGCAAACGAUCCACAUGCAGGACGAAUUGUAUUUGAUGCUUUUAAUGAUAUAACAAUGGUUGGAUUAAAUUGCACUCGUCAACUUCCAUUAAGUCAAGAAAUACGGGAAAAAACCAGAAAACUGCAUGCAAUUGGGCAAUUUUGUUUUGAUAUAACCACACAUUAUACAGAAAUUUUAAGUUCAUGGAAUGAUCCACCGUGCUUCAAUGAUCCAACCGCGAUAAUGUAUUUGAUUAGGCCAGAUCUAUUCGAAGGUCAACGUGCUUGUGUGGAUGUCGAAGAUAGCGGGAGAUUAACUUCAGGUCAAACAGUUGCUGAUUGGACUGGUCGCUGGGGAAGACCAUUACAAACAUUAGUUUUAAUGAAAGUCGAUAGAAAUGGAUUCGAGAAGGAACUUUUAGAUCGAUUAGCACGAUUAACAAUGUUCAAACCAAGCUCAGAAAAUCAGCUGAAGAAAGCAGAGGAACAAAUUGAACUUUCGGAAAAAUAG